GGAGCUUGUAAGACAUGACCUAAAGGGACUUGAACUUCUCUGCAUUUUAAAAAAAAAACAACUCUGGAGCAUUUUAAGUUCCAUAGGCAGCCAGGAUAUUGCCUACUUCUGCUGAAAUUGUAUUUAUGGACUGCAUUUUCAUAUGAGAUUCCAGUUUCUCUGCUAAACUGUAUGAUAUUAAGAAGUCUCCAGUAAGCAGAUUUCAACCUUGGCACUGCAUCCAGAAACAUCUACUUAAAAUACAGGUAACCAAAUUAUUACAAUAAGUCAAGCUUGCUUUGAAAAUCUCCAUCUCACUAAGCCAUGGAAAUCAAAGACAGAAGGCACCGCUCACUGACAAGAGGCCGCUGUGGCAAGGACUGCCGUUACCCUAGCUCCUCACUGGAAAGUGAUGAAUGCAGAGUACCAACCCAGAAAUCCUACAGCUCAAGUGAGACGCUAAAAGCAUAUGAUCAUGAAACAAGGCUACACUAUGGAACCAGAGUGGCAGAUCUGGUACACAGAGAGUCAGAAGAAUUCCACCAUCAAGGCACUAACUUUACCCUGGCAGAGCUAGGGAUAUCUGAGCCUUCUCCACACCGAACUGGUUACUGCUCAGAUAUAGGACUGCUUCAUCAAAGUUACUCACUGCACAGAGGUUCCGAUGCCGAAUCAGACACAGAGGGAGGUAUGUCUCCAGAACACGCAAUAAGGCUCUGGGGGAGAGGCACCAAAUCAAGACGCAGUUCUGGGCUGUCAAGCCAGGAAAAUUCAGGGCUGACACUGACUGACUCUGAAAAUGAAAACAAAUCAGGUGAUGAAGGAGGUAGGAUUAGUCUGCUUUGUUUUGUUUUAAAGGUCUUCUAA